CCACAGCUCCAACUCGCAGGUCACUCCAAAGCUGCUCGCCUCAUCAGACAAGCACAUGCUCAAAGCCCUAGUCUCACACAGGUACUGGACGGCGGCACAAGAGCAAUUACACGGAUUGACGCUCGUCGAAUACGCCAGGGUGUGUUUUCUUAAUUGCUAUAUGAUCCCACCGCGAUGCUUUUCUACAUCCAGGCUUCAUCUAAUAUAGAGAUUUUACCGUCGGAUCGCGGGAACAACAAGGUUGCUUUCUAGGACAGUUUUCGAUCCAUAUAAGGGUCAAAGGCCAUCUUCUCCUCAGAGGCUGUGCGGACCUGAAGUAUUCACUCUCGAGCAGCUUCCAUUCAUUCAUAAUGAAGUACUCCAUCAUCCUCCCCUUCCUCGCCACUACCGUCCUUGCGGCGCCGGCUCCCCUUCUGGACGAGCGCCAGGCAACUUGCUCCGUUCCCAGCAGCUUCCCAAGCACAGCCAACUCGAAGCUUCCCAACCCCUUCAAGUUCUUCAAUGGACAGUCCGUAACGACCAAGGCCGACUGGGAGUGCCGCCAGAAGGAAGUGCAAGCUGCUUUCGAGGCCCAGGAAUUGGGUACCUUCCCCACGACUGCCACUGUCACUGCUAGCGGUACCAGCACCCUCUCCAUCACUGCCUCGGACAACGGCAAAUCGAUUCAAUUCUCCGUCUCCAUCAAGAAGCCCAGCGGCUCGGGCCCAUUCCCCGCCAUCAUUGCUUACGGCGCUGCGAGCAUCCCUGUUCCCAACGGUGUUGCUACCAUCACCUUCAACAACGACCAGAUCGCGGCUCAAUCUGGUCAGCAGAGCCGUGGCCAGGGCAGGUUCUUCGAUCUCUACGGAUCCGGACACAGCGCCGGUGCCACCACUGCUUGGGCAUGGGCUGUUGACCGCAUCAUCGACGCCCUCGAGAAGGUCGACACUGGCAUCGACCCCAAGCGUGUUGGUGUCACUGGCUGCUCCAGGAACGGAAAGGGUGCCUUCGUUGCGGCAGCCCUCGUCAAGCGUAUUGCUCUGGGCCUCCCUCAGGAAUCCGGCUCUGGUGGCGCUGCCUGCUGGCGUAUUUCCGACUCCGAGAAGGCUGCCGGCAAGAACAUCCAGACGCCGGGCCAGAUCAUCGGCGAGAACGUGUGGUUCUCGAAGAACUUCAACAGCUUCGCCAACAAGGCCACUACCUUGGCCACUGACCACCAUCAGCUUGCCGGCCUCGUUGCUCCUCGCGGCCUGCUCGUCAUCGAGAACGAGAUCGACUGGCUCGGCCCCGUCUCCACGACUGCUUGCAUGAAGGCAGGCCGUCUGAUCUACAAGGCCCUCGGCGUCCCAGACAACAUGGGCUUCACUGGCAAGGGCAACCACAAUCACUGUUCGUUCCCCAGCAACCAGCAGGCCGACCUCACUGCCUUCAUCAAUAAGUUCCUGCUCAACCAAAGCGCCAAUACGGCCGACAUCGAGAAGGGCCCUACUGCCGAUGUUAACAAGUACAUUGACUGGACCGCCCCGACGCUCUCGUAGACGAAGAGGGACGGGUUUGGAGGGGUGGAAGGUGUACGCGGGGACUUUUAGCUUCUCUGUAUCUAUCUCAAUUGCUCAAUUGGAGGGGUGGGGGGAAACGAUGCAAAAUGAUCAUAUGUCAUAUACUUUCCUAAACAUCGUAUAG